UAAGCCCUUCAGGUGUUUGCAGCUUUGCAUAAACCACCACCACCACCACCACCGUCUCCUUCUCUCUCUCUCUCUCUCUCUCUCUCUCUCUCUCUCUCUCUCUCUCUCUCUCACACACACACACACGGCACGAAAUGUACAAAGAAAACUGUGAGCCAAAUGAGGAAAUCUCGGAGGAGCAAAUGGCUCGGAUUUCGCAGAAAUUCAGAGCUGCGAAGGCCCUUCUUGCCCGCAAAAGGCCCCGAUGCGCCGCCGGGGCACUUGAUCAAUCCCCUCAAAAUAAUGGAGAUGCUAAUAUAUUUCAAACCCCGGGUCAGGCUACUAGCAUCAAAAGAGCUCCUCUUGCGGGGGUAUUAAUGAACAAGUUGUCGCAGUUUUAUGUUAAGGGUUUCAGUUCAAUGGAUGGUGGCUGUGGGAGCAGUCCAUACAACGUGGGUGUAUCUGUUGAAAGGAUUGAGUCAAUUGAUAAUAGUUCUAGUGCAAGGAUGAUGGGUGUUCCUUUGGAAGAUGGGUUCGUGUUGAACUCUUUUAAGACUCCAAUGAAACGACCACCGAGUUCUAGUUCAAGGGAUUCUUUGACGUCACAAGAUGUUCUUGAUGAUGAUUUUGAUGAGUCCAUUUUAGAAGAGAUUGAUGCGUUGUGUGAGCAGAGGUCAGCAGCUAAGACAGAAAGGGAUGGAUCAAGUAGCAAUUAUCAUGUGGAAAAUCAGUUCAAUGAUGAUAAAAAUGGGGAAAAUAACAGCAGAAUCAAUGUGGAGUCUAUUGUAGUCAGGAAUUGUUUAGAAACUGAAGGUGCAUCGGAUUCUGCUAGUGCUCUUGUUUCUGGAGAUAAAAAUUCAAGGAUUUCUGAGACUACACAAAGUAAGGGCAUGCCUCUCGAGUAUUGUGGGUAUUUGCAAUCUCUUAAUGAUAGGCAGCGCGAAGCAGCUUGUAGUGACAUCUCAAUUCCUUUAAUGAUUGUUGCAGGCCCUGGGAGUGGAAAGACAUCUACAAUGGUUGGGCGUGUUCUAGUGUUGCUCAGUGAGGGCAUUGGUCCAUCCCAUAUUCUGGCAAUGACUUUCACUACAGCUGCUGCUUCUGAGAUGAGGGAUCGCAUUGGAGCAAUAGCUGGGAAGGCAAUAGCAAAAGAACUUAUGAUCAGUACAUUCCACUCAUUUUCUUUGCAACUCUGUCGUCUGCAUGCUGAGAAGUUAGACCGCACAUCAGAAUUCCUAAUUUAUGGGCAUGGGCAACAAAGAAGAGCAAUAAUAGAGGCUGUGCGGUUAUUGGAGAAUGAAAAAGGUAGGAAAAAUCUUGAUGAUUCUAAUCUUGGUGAUUCUCCACAACAUUUCAAGGACAAGUCAAAGCGGUGGCAAAAAUUUGUGACUCAGGCUAAAGCUUCUGGAAAGAAUCCUGCAGAUUGCUGUAAAAUGGGUGACGAGAUCGGGGCAGCCAUUCUUGGGAACUACAAUGAUAUAUUAAAAUCUUGCAAUGCUCUGGAUUACCAUGACUUAAUAAGCUGUUCUGUGAAACUGCUCACCGAUUUCCCUGAAGUAUUCAAGGAGUGUCAGGAGUUGUGGAAAGCUGUUGUAAUAGAUGAGUUUCAAGAUACUAGUGCCAUGCAAUAUGGUUUUCUAAGAAUACUUGCAUCUCAUAAUCACAUAACCAUCGUUGGUGAUGAAGAUCAGUCAAUUUUCAGUUUCAAUGGAGCUGAUGUAUCGGGAUUUCAUUCAUUCCGUAAAGAUUUCCCAAAUCACAAAGAGGUUAGACUUGAUAAAAAUUAUCGGUCCACAGGGUGUAUUGUUGAGGCUGCUUCGUGUCUCAUACGAAAUAAUACAAAGCGAUGCCAGUUAAAGAAUGUUCUGACUGAUAAUUCUUCUGGGGCAAAGAUUACUGUCAAAGAAUGUCAUAAUGAGGAUGCACAGUGUGCUUUUGUUGUUGAUAAGAUUUUGGGAGCUACGUCAGAUGGGUCAGCUGCCAAGUGCUCAUUUGGAAAUAUUGCAAUUCUUUAUCGGAGGCAGGUAUCAGGGAAAGUGUUUCAAACAGCCUUUCGCAAUAGGAAAAUACCAUUUAAUGUUCAUGGCGUGGCUUUCUAUAGGAAAAAGGUUGUUAGAGCUAUAGUUGCACUGCUUAAAACAACGUUGCCUGGUUGUGAUGACGGUCCAUUUCGUCAAGCAUUCAAGGUUUUAUUGCCUUUUGAGAAAGAGGAAAAGAAGAUGGUAAUUGAUCAUAUUGAUAAAAUUUCAACUGUUAGGAAAUGCAGCUUUAUAUCAGUUGCCCGUGAUAUAUUCAGCGCAAAGAUCUCCGGCACCUUCAAGAGGAGUCAACUUACCCAAGGACGGAAGGUGUUAUUUACAUUGGAGAUGAUAUCAAAACUAAUUUGUGAGGAACAAUCAGUUUCAACUGUCAUAACUUCGGCAGCAAACCUGCUACCUCAGAAAUACCUUCUCGAGCAACGAGCUGUAAUUGAUGUUGAUGGAGGGAAAUUUCUGAACGAAGAUUGCGACCUUCGAUCUGUGCUUCAGUACCUUCUGGACGAUGUCGCUGAUUUUUUAUCUACACAAGUCAUUGCAGCAGAAGGGGAGAGAGAUACUACUGCAGAACAGAAAGGUUGUGUUAGUUUACUUAAAGCUUUCAUUGAUUAUAUAUCUGAACGCGAGAGUGAGAAUUUUCGUUCUCGGAGACGUGACAAUGAAGAUUCUGUCACCCUGACCACCAUUCAUCAAUCAAAAGGCUUAGAAUGGGAUACAGUAUUCAUAGUGAAGGUGAAUGAAUCUGAAAUCCCUUUGUUGCAUGAAUUUAAUGGUAUUGCACGCGAAAAUUCUACCUCAGUUGAGGAGGAGCGACGUUUAUUAUAUGUGGCAAUGACUCGCGCUCGCAAAAAGCUUUUCAUUCUAUAUGUUAUCAUGGACCCAAAUUGGCAGGUGCUUCAACCUUCUCGCUUUUUAAAAGAGAUUCCUGGUCAUCUUAGAGAGACACAGGCUCAGCCGAGUACAGAAGAGUUACCCACUAAGCAUCAAGGCGUGCUAAAAGAAAGUGCCCAAUAUUCUAUUGGUCUACUAGGAGAAAGUGAAAUUCCCCUAGUAAAUGAGAUGCCUGAUGAUUCUCUCAAUAUCCAUGUGGAUGAGGCAUCAAAAGAGUCAGCAGAACUAGCUGAAGCAUGCAACGGAAAUAUUUUUUUAAGAAGAUUUAGUGUAGAGGAUCGAGGGAUCGUUUCUAACUUAUUUCAUCUAUGGGCCAAGAAGCAAGCAUUUCAAGACCCUAGAAGGUUGCUUGACAAGGUUGGCUUUGUGAUUGAUGAGCGUUUAACAAUCAAGAAAUACAAGCAUAAGGAUUUGUUGCAUAUGCUGAAGUCUUGUUUGAAGGGUGAUGAUGCGUUACAAUAUGCAGAAUAUGUUUUGAGAUGGCUGCGAAUUCCUGCUGACAAACGUGCUUAUUUGAUGAGAGAGAAACAGGAGCAUUUCCAGAAACUGAGGAUUGAAAAGUCAAUGGGUUCUUCUGCACCUACUUCAAAACAGAUUGCAUAUUUGCAAAGUUUGGGAUGCACUGUCGUCCCUACGUCGCGUCUCCAUGCUUCACAUUUGAUUGAGCAGUACAAAUCACUGUGACAAGAGAAGCCAUUUUGACUUCAUGGAGGAUAUGAAAAGAUGCCUCUUAAUUCUUGAGAUUGUAAAUGUUUCAGAGAUGACAAUGUGGAUUGCUAUUAUAUAUAUAUUGUUGUGUUUGUUGUAUUGUAAUUUUAGUAGUAUUUCCUGUGUUCUCUGUAAGCUCUCAAGUUCAUUUUCUAUGCCCUCCAUAAUUCAAACUGAUAAUUUAUGUAUCACAUAAAAUAAAUGAAGCUCAAGUUUAGAGCUGAUUUUUUUUUUUUUUAUUAAAAAAAGAAAGAGUUCA